GUGUCUGGACUGGAAACAGGCCGGGCAUGUGGACUGCCGGCUUGCUGCCCUACCGCUCCUGCACCUCCUUCCUCCCUAGCCUGGGCUCUAAGGAAUCGGUUCCUGUGGGACAGGAGGGCAGGUGGCUGAACACGUUUGCUACUUUCAAGGGCCAUUGGACCAGCAGCACUUUGUGACCCUGCCCUGGAGCUGUCCUUUUCUCUCAUCUGUGUGCACAGGGUGGCUGGGGAACCCUACCUGGCUCUUUCAAGGGGUCUGCGUGGGGGGCCUGGCAUGAACCUAGCCUCCAGAUCUGAUGCUGUGGUCCCAGCUCAGUCCAGAAGCCUUUGGCCACAGAGGGUGGGGACGGUUGGCAGGGGCCAGAUGUCACAGGAAGGGACGGUUGAACGCUGUAUUUUCUAAAGAAUAAAAUAUUUUUAAAUCAAUACUGAGCCUGACUCUGUGAAUUGGGUGCCUUUGUUUGCAUAGCUGUCUUUUUCCCUGUUCAGAAGGGGCUUUGCUGGCCUGCUAGGGUGAAACCCAAGCGCUCCUGGCCUCAGAUGUAUGGGAGAUGCUUUGAGAGUGAGGGAAGAAGCCCUGCCCAUGAGGCCCACACACUUCCACGAGUUUAUGGACAUCUGGGUGUCUCUGUUUCCUGUGGGUGCUGUGACAAGUUACCACAAACUCGGUGGCUUAAAAAAGAGGUAGUUUGAGCCCAAUCUGAGCAAAACUCUGUUUAAAAAAGGAAAAGAAAACCUUGCACAUUUAUUUGUACAGAUCUGGAGGCCGGACAAGGCUGACACCAUGGUACAGACAGCUGGCCUUUGGCAGGGUUGGCUGUGUUCUUAGCUCCGAAUUUGAAGACCCAGAUCCUGCUUCUCUGCUUCCAUGGCCCUGUGCCCCCGUCUGCAGUCACACGUUUCCAUCUUUACAUUUUAGUGUUGUGUUUUGUGACAGGGCCUUGUGUAGUGACUGAGACAAUCAUCCUGCCUUAGCCUCCCUGAUGCUGGCGUUACCAGCAUGCUUCACCAUACUGCCUCUGUCUCUGUUUCAUUCAUUUGUUGGGUGGAUUUUGUUGUUGUUAUUGUUUUGUUUUUGUUUUUCAAGACAGGGUUUCUCUGUGUAGCUUUGGAGCCUGUCUGGGAACUCACUCUGUAGACCAGGCUGGCCUCAAACUCACAGAGAUCCACCUGCCUCUGCCUCCCGAGUGCUGGGAUUAAAGGCGUGUGCCACCACUGCCUGUGUUGGGUGGAUUUUUGAGACAGAAUCUCAUGUACCCCAGGCUGGCCUCCAGUGGGCUCUGUAGCUGAGGCUGAUCUUGAACCUCUAGAGGCAUGCACCACUGCCUGGCUUAUGGGGUAUCGGAGAUCAAACCCAAGGCCUUGUGAAUGCUAAGCAAGCAGUGUGGCAGCUAAGCUACAUCCACAGUCCCCAGUGCUUUAUAACAGACACUCACUCUUAGCUUCCUGUCCACACUUCCCCUACAAUAAUGUAGGAUUGGGGGAAUGAGGAGAUGGAUUCCUAAGAAGGCACUGUUCAUUUUUGGUUUUUGGUUUUUCAAGACAGGGUUUCUCUGUGUAACAGCCCUAGAUGUCCGGGAACUAGCUCUGUAGACCAGACUGGCCUUGAACUCGGAGAUCCUAAGUGCUGGGAUUAAAGGCGAGUGCCACCACGGCCCGGCUACACUGUUUGUUUUUUGAGACAGAAUUUUACUAUGUAGCCCAGGCUAGCCUGGAGCUUUGUUAUGUAAACCAGGCUGGCCUCAUAAAUCACAGAGAUCCACCUGCCUCUUGCCUCUUGAGUGCCUGGAUUAAAGGUGUGUGCCACUGCAUUUGGAUCCUAAGAAGGCACUGUUGAUCGUACCAGCCUGGGUGAGGGCUCUCUGGUUGGGUUUUCACAGCACCAAGGCUAUAGUGGGUAUUCUAGAGACCUGUAUCUUGGAGUCUCCAGUCCUGUGUGUCCUUGACCAUGUUGUCAGCAUCCCUGUGCCCCUCUUCAGGCCUGCUUUCCUAUCCCCAAGGAAUGCAGAGUGGUGAGUGGAAGUGGGCACCUGACUCUGUGGUCCAUGAGGAGUCACUUGGCCUCUGGGAAAGUGCCCAAGUUUGAUACUCAGCAGAAGCCAGGGGUCAGUCUAUGCCUCUGAAGAAUGGGUAGACACCUCCUGGUCCAGGAGAGGAGGGCUGGAGAAACAUGCAGCUGCUAAGUGGACACUGUCCUUUCUCCUGGAUCAGGGCAUUGUCCCAUUGCAGGGGCCCUUUUGAACCCCUCUUAAAGCCCCUAGGAUUAUGGAUAGGAAAGCUGGGACCCUGGCAAGGAGCCACAGGAGACUCGGGCCACAUACCGGUUGGUUCUCAGGCAGGCAAGAAUAUAACACAGAUGGCGCUCAAGCUGCCAAGGCAGCCAGACCAUUGGCACCGCGGACCCUGCCUGCUAUGAGAUCCACUCUGAUGAGGGUCUGGGCAGAGCCAGGAAACUGAUGUAGAACCCCGCUCCUUUCGGGAGAAUGGCCCAUCAUUCAUUCUCUCAUUCAUUCAUUCAUUUAUUCCAACUUCACUCAAAGAUACCCUGACUACCAAGGCUGAGUGCUGUGGGCAGGACACAGCUUCAGCAGAUACUGAGCAAUGCCACAGACACAGAUGGAAGUUCUUACCCUCAAGAAGUCAACAUUCCAACAGGAGAGUAAGGCGGUACCCAGCAGAGCAUGAAGGGUGGGUGGCAUGGUGUGGCAGCAUUUGAAAAAGGUUUUGCAAAGAGAGAACGAGCAGGCCACAGUGCUCAGGCGAGCCAGACCUGGGCUGGCAGGGUUACUUAUGUCCGUAUUUCUUUUGAAUCAGGGUUUCACUAUGUAGCCCAGGCAGGCCUUGAACUCUCAUUCUCCUGCAUCACCCUCGUGGUGCCGGAAGAAUGGGUGUGUAGCUGAGCUGAGAGGUUCAUGAGAAGGUCAGGGAAGGCCGGCCCCAUGGAAAGAGAGGAUGAUAUGAGCAGUGUGUAAAGGCAGAAAAUAAAAUGGACCAUGUGGGGAAUCUGGGGAAGAGAGUGUCCAGGCAGAGGGAAGAGUAUGUUCAAAGGCCUCGAAGCUAGAAAAUGCACAGAUACAUCCAAACAACAAGAAGCCAGGGUGGCUGUCAGCAGAUCGGGAGAAAUGGAAUGACAGGGAGCAUAGUACCUGGGCUACUGUUUGGACAGUGACUAGGGCUUCAGACAGUUAUGGAGGGAUCUGGGUAGAGGAGGGGCCCAGAAUGGAAGUUUUGAACAGAAGGGAUGGAGAGAUGGCUCAGCAGUUAAGAGCAUUGGUUGCUUUUCCAGAUGACCUAGGUUCAGUUCCCAGCACCCACAUGGCAGCUCACAGCUGUGUGUAGCACCAGUUGCAGGAGAUCUGACAUGCUCUUCUGACCUCCUCAGACACUAGGCUUGCAAGUGGUGCAGGUAACACAUACAGGUGCAUACACACACACACACACACACACACACACACACACACACACACACGUAUACACAAGGCCUUUCCAGGGGCUCAAUGUGAAUUGCUGGGGGAUAUCUUUCUGUACGCUGUGAAUAUAUGUUGUUCCCAUCGGUUAAUAAAUAAGCUGCUUUGGCCUAUGGCAAGGCAGCUUAGAGGCAGGCGGGAAAUCCAAGGAGAGAGACAGAAAGAGAAAGGUGGAGUUGAGGGAGACACCAGCACCGCCAGGAGAAGCAAGAUGUGAAAGUACCAGUAAGCCACAGUAAGCCACGGCCACGUGGCAACUUACAGAAAAUAGAAAUGGGUUAAGUUAUAAGAGCUAGCUAGCAAGAAGCUUGCCAUAGCCCAUACAGUUUGUAAAUAAUAUAAGCCUCUAUGUGUUUACUUGGGUCCAAGUGGCUGCAGGACCUUUAGUGAGAUUGUUCUGGACUGCAGGGGGCCAGGCAGGACCCUAGAAACUUACAGCUACAGUGAAUAGGCCGCAGGAGACGAGAGAGAGCAGAACCAGGGUGAUGUUAGCGAUGAUGUCAGCUCAGGCAGGCCGAUAGAUGUGCAGGGAGGCGGACCGUCCCAUCCUUCAGGGAAGCUCCUUAAAACUCAGGAAGUAAAAACUGAAAAGCUUCAGGAAGUCCCUGAAAGUGAUCAGGCCCUCCCUCCCCAAGCUUGUAUGACAGUGAAGACUGCUGAGAGGCACUCUCAGACCAGCGGGGGUGGGGGGUGGGGUGGGCGGAGUGCUGCCUGGAAGAAGCAGAAGCCAGUUGAGCUGCCUGGAAAAGGCUCCGACCAACUGAGUUGCCUAGAAAAUUACCUCUCCAACAUUUUGAGCUGCCACCAAGUUGUGCCAUGAAGCUGCAGGUGUCCAGCCUUUGUGGAAUCCAUGCUGGGGUGGGCUCUUGGUGGUGCAACUGUCUCUGUGUCAUGUCUGCUCCUCUAAGUGAGCCCUCACUCAUACUUGUGCCCGUAACUCCAGUAAAGCUCACUGGCUAGCCAACUUGGACUUGGGUGAUGUCCUCAGCUUUGGUCUGUCAUUGGUUGCCUUCCUCGGGUGAGUACACAUCUGCACACAUCUCCCCAGGAAUCGUGUCGCACAACAGCAAGAUUACCCAGAGUUCCAGUUGGACCAGCCACUGGGGUCUGAUGGGCUACUGGGGGAACUGGGAAUGCAGAGCAGGAGAGAUGUCGAGGCUGCUGCAGUGGUGAAGGCAGAUUUUGGCUCCAGCCUCUGGCUCGCAGAGGCUCCCCAGAGUUCUGGGGAAGGAGCAGGUUGGGGAGCCUGCCCUGGGCGUACCCACGGAGCAAACACUGAGGCAUGAGGGUGAGGUGACACCCUCCACGUGGGUGUCAAUGCUCGGCUUAGCUCUGCCAGGCUACUUUAGACCCUGGUUUCUCAUUGACCUUGGGCAGGACUCUGGGCUUUGGUUCCUUCCCAUACCUCCCAGGGGACAGAUGUGAGGCCCUCAUGGCUGACUGUGGGGUGAGGAAGAGAAUGGAAAGAGGAAGGGGUGAAAAGGCCUGCCUGCCUGCCAUCUGACUAUGCAAAUGACCUGUGACUCAUGGUACCACCUGCCCUCCCCGGGUAGGGAUAAAGUAUCUAUCAGGCUGCAGUGAAAGUGUCACUUCCUCAGUUCUCUAAGGGACCCUGGUGGAACAUCCUUCUCUGCCGCCCAGCUUGUCAGACGGAGCCUCUAGAGAAGACUCCAUUCCCCAACAUGGUUCUCUGUCACAGGACCCUUCACCCCUUGUCUCUCCUGGUGCAAGCUGCAGUGCUGGCCGGGGUUCUGGCUCUGGGCACCCUGCCUGCCUUCCUGCCCUGUGAGCUGAAGCCUCGUGGCCUGGUAGACUGCAACUGGCUAUUCCUGAAGUCUGUGCCUCGCUUCUCUGCAGCAGCUGCCCGUUCCAAUGUCACCAGCCUUUCCUUGAUCUCCAACCGCAUCCACCACCUGCAUAAUUCCGACUUCAUCCACCUGUCCAACCUGCGGCACCUGAACCUCAAAUGGAACUGCCCACCCGCUGGCCUCAGCCCCAUGCACUUCCCCUGCCACAUGACCAUUGAGCGCAACACCUUCGUGGUUGUGCGUACACUGGAAGAGCUGAAUCUGAGCUACAAUGGCAUCACCACUGUACCCCCACUGCCCAGCUCCCUAACGAACCUGAGCCUGAGCCACACCAGCAUCCUGGUACUGGAUUCUACCAGCCUCGCCGGCCUGCACAACCUGCGCUUUCUCUUCAUGGAUGGGAACUGCUACUACAAGAAUCCCUGCAAUGAGUCAGUGGAGGUGGCCCCAGGUGCUCUCCUGGGCCUGAGCAAUCUCACCCAUUUGUCACUCAAGUAUAACAAACUCGAGAAGGUGCCCCGCCAACUGCCCCCCAGCCUGGAGUACCUACUGGUGUCCUAUAACCACAUUGUCAAGCUGGCACCUGAAGACCUCGCCAAUCUGACCUCCCUGCGAGUACUUGAUGUGGGUGGGAACUGUCGCCGCUGUGACCAUGCCUUCAACCCCUGUACAGAAUGUGGACAAGAGUCCCUCCAGCUGCACCCUGAGACCUUCCAUCAUCUGAGCCACCUUGAAGGCCUGGUGCUGAAGGACAGUUCUCUCCACACGCUGAACUCCUCCUGGUUCCAAGGCCUCGUCAACCUCUCGGUGCUGGACCUGAGUGAGAACUUUCUCUAUGACAGCAUUACCCAAACUAUGGCCUUCCAGAACUUGACAAGACUUCGAAAGCUGGACCUGUCCUUCAAUUACUGCAAGAAGAUAUCAUUUGCCAAGCGCCACCUGACAAAGUCCUUCGAGAGUCUGGUGUCACUGCAAGAGCUGAACUUGAACGGCAUCUUCUUCCGAUUGCUCAACAAGAACACACUCAGGCCGCUCACCAAUCUGUCCCACCUCCACACUCUGCAUCUUCAGAUGAACUUCAUCAACCAGGCCCAGCUCAGCAUCUUCGGUACCUUCCCAAACCUUCGUUUUGUGGACCUGUCAGAGAACCGCAUCAGUGAGUCUUUGGUAAUGUCAGCAGCCCCCCCUGAAGAAGCAGAUGGUGCGGAGCAGGAGAGUCUGUGGUCUGGGGUUCCUGCCCCAACUCUACUGAGCACCCCUGCCUCUAAGAACUUCAUGGUCAGGUGCAGGAACCUCAAGUUUACCUUGGAUCUCUCUCGGAACAAUCUGGUGGUAGUCAAGCCAGAGAUGUUCAUCAACCUCUCCCACCUCCAGUGCCUAAGCCUGAGCCACAACAGUAUUGCACAGGCUGUCAAUGGCUCUCAGUUCCUGCUGCUGACCAAUCUGCAGGUGCUAGACCUCUCCCAUAACAAGCUGGACUUGUACCACGGGCACUCGUUCACUGAACUCCCACAAUUGCAGGCCCUGGACCUGAGCUACAACAACCAGCCCUUCAGCAUGCAGGGUAUCGGCCACAACUUUAGUUUUGUGUCCCGUCUGUCCAGGCUGCAGUACCUUAGCCUGGCACACAAUGACAUUCACAGCCGUGUGUCCUCACAUCUUCGCAGUAACUCACUGAGGUCCCUGGACUUCAGUGGCAAUGCUGUAGGCCUCAUGUGGGGUGAGGGGAACCUUUACCUCCAAUUCUUCCAGGAUCUGCGUUGCCUGAACCAGCUGGACCUGUCUCAGAAUCGCCUGCAUAUCCUCCUGCCCCAGUACCUCGACAACCUCCCCAAGAGCCUGAGGAUUCUGAAUCUCCGCGACAAUUACCUGUCUUUCUUUAACUGGAGCAGUCUCACCUUCCUGCCCAACCUGAAAGUCCUGGACCUGGCAGGAAAUCAGUUAAAGGCCCUGACCAACGGCACCUUGCCUAAUGGCACCCUGCUCCAGAAGCUGGAUGUGAGUAGCAACAGUAUUAUCUCUGUGGCCCCAGCCUUCUUUGUUCUGGCUGUGGAGCUGAAAGAGGUCAACCUCAGCGACAACUACCUCAAGACAGUGGAUCGCUCCUGGUUUGGGCCCAUAGUGCCGAACCUGACAAUGCUGGACGUGAGAAGCAACCCUCUGCACUGUGCCUGUGGGGCGGCCUUUGUGGACUUCCUGCUGGAGGUGCAGACUAAGGUGCCCGGCCUGCCCAACCAGGUGAGGUGUGGCAGUCCCAGCCAGCUGCAGGGCCGUAGCAUCUUCGCGCAGGACCUGCGGCUGUGCCUGGAUGAGGUCCUCUCCUGGGACUGCUUUGGCCUUUCCCUGUUGGCUGUGGCUGUGGGCAUGGCGGUGCCAUUACUGCAGCAUCUCUGCGGCUGGGACGUCUGGUACUGUUUCCACCUGUGCCUGGCAUGGAUACCUUUGCUGGCCCGGGGUCGGCGCGGCGCCCAAGCCCUGCCCUACGAUGCCUUCGUAGUGUUCGAUAAGGCGCAGAGCGCGGUUGCCGACUGGGUGUAUAACGAGCUGCGGGUGCGGCUGGAGGAGCGGCGCGGGCGUCGAGCACUGCGCCUGUGCCUGGAGGACCGCGAUUGGCUGCCGGGCCAGACGCUCUUCGAGAAUCUCUGGGCCUCCAUCUAUGGCAGCCGCAAGACGCUGUUUGUGCUGGCCCACACGGACAGGGUCAGUGGCCUCCUGCGCACCAGCUUCCUGCUGGCUCAACAGCGUCUGCUGGAGGACCGCAAGGAUGUGGUGGUGUUGGUGAUCCUGCGCCCCGAUGCCCACCGCUCCCGCUACGUGCGCCUGCGCCAGCGCCUCUGCCGCCAGAGUGUGCUCUUCUGGCCCCAGCAGCCCAACGGGCAGGGCAGCUUCUGGGCCCAACUGAGCACAGCCCUGACUAGAGACAACCGCCACUUCUAUAACCGGAACUUCUGCCGGGGACCCACAGCAGAAUAGCCCGGAGCAACAAAUGGGAACAGCGGCACCUUCACGCCUGGCCACCCGGGGUGCUCCGCCUGCCUUGCUCUGUCCUUCUGCUUUACUCCACGAGUAUCCAGCAGGUGUUCAAUACAUGCUGCCAAACCACCACCCCUGGGCUCCUGGGCGGUGUGGGUGGGGGAAGAGAUGGGAAAAUUCUCCAUAUCUCCGCAGAGUAAAGAGAGAGAAGAUAGAUUAAAAAUGGGACCCACAGAACAAAGGUUGGUUGUGAAGGGCAGUUUUCUUCGCAGGCAUCUUCCAGGAGGGUCUGAAGAGAAUCACCAAAUGUGGACUUGAUCCUUCCCAGAAAAUAGGACCUGGUCUGACUUCAUUUUAUUUUAUUUUUUUAAAGCUAUUCUCUGAAUGCCCUGCCCUCUGUGCUGGCCUGUGUCAGCACCUCUCUGUCUGUCUUGCCCUCAGCAAGGUCCUGAGAAAACUCCCAAGCAGGGAUGUGCUCACUACUAGGUGUGUAGGAAAAGAGGGAUGAUUGCACGCUCGGGUGGCCAUGCCUAAGCUGGAGAAAGAAGGCCAGCCUUGAUUAGAGCCCCACCAGUGCCAGCAGCGGCAGCAGCAAGGAGCUGAGAGCCACAGAAGAUCAAAGGUGUAUUCAACCUCGGGGUGUGUGUGUGUGUGUGUGUGUGUGUGUGUGUGUGUGUGUGUACACUUGUACAUGUGCAUUUGGAGGCCAGAGGUCAACCUCACACAUCAUUCUUCUAGUGCUAUACGUUUGGUUUUUGAGACAGUCUCUCAUUGACCCAGAACUCACCAAUUAGUCUAUGUUGGCCGGCCAGAGAGCCCCCAACUAUUCACCUCCUCCAGCUUCCCAGCCCCAGGAUUCUAAAGGCACUCACCACACCUAGCCUUGUCACGUGGGUUUGGGGGAUCAAAUUCAGGUCACCAUGCUUGCAAACAAGCUAUCUUCCCAGCCCUGUGUCCACCCUUUGGACAUCAUGACAAACAUUGUCACCUACAUUGUCACAUUUGAGAUCUGUGCGAUGAGUUAAAACACAGAACAAAUCACGACCAAAAAAAAAACAAAAACCAACAACAACCUAACAAAAAGAUUCAGCGGACGGUUUUGUGUCAGGCUGCAUCACAGCUGUCCAUGGGUCCAUCAGUCUUUGCGCCACAGAUUGAACACACCUAUUAAGAUGAACUCAUAAUCCGCCCCUUCCCACUUGCAUCUAGAGGGUCAUGCCAGGUCACACUGUACAGACAUCAAAAGACACCUGGUGAGCUACCGCCUGGCUACAAAGGGAAGGGGUCCUCUUCCGUGCGCUUGUCUCUCAGACCUGCUUACAUUCAGGCUGAGGCCUAGUCACAUCUGAUCAAGAUGACUAUGUACAUAUGUUUCUUUCUUCCUUUCUUUUUUUUCAAGACGGGGUUUCUCUGUGCAGCCCCAGCUAGCCUCGAACUUACUUUGUAGACCAGGCUGGCCUUGAACUCAGAGCUCUAUAUGCCUGCCUCUGCCUUACGAGCACUGGGAUUAAAGGCAUGCACCACCACUGCCCAGCUCUUUCUUUUUUUAAAGCCAGGCAGGGUCUCACUACCUAGCCCUGGCUAACCUGGAACUCUGUGUAGACCAGGCUGGCCUGGGACCCACAGAGAUCCUCUUGCUUCUGCCUCCCAAGUGCUGGGAUUAAAGGUGUGUGCUACCCUGCUCAGAAUUUAUUUUUUUAAUUUUAAAUAAAUUUGCAUUUAUUUCAUAUGAAUGUGGGUGUGUGUGCGAGGGCCAUGACGGGCUUGUGGAGGUCAGAGGACAAAGGAGUCAGUUCUCUCCUUUCACC